AUGCGGGUGCUUCGCUGCAGCAGCAGCAGCAGCAGCGGCAGCACGAGCAGCAGCAGCAGAAACACAAGCAGCGGCAGCAGCAGCAACAACAUACACUCCACUGCUGCUGCUGAGCCUCCUGGCGCUGAAAAGGAAUGUAACAAUGAACGCGCCGGCCUUCUUAGGGACAGCAGCAGCAGCAGCAGCAGAAGCAACAGCAGCAGCAGCAGCAGCCCCCUGCGCUUUUUCACGCAUUUGCCACCCCGGAAGAGCCACAGCAGCGACAGCAGCAGCAGCAUAAGGGUUUGCUGCUGCUGCUGCUGCUGCUUCUCCCGCGUGACCAGCAAGCUGCUGCGGCACAGCAGCAAGGCGCCCGCGCUACUGCUGCUGCUGGCUGCUGCUGCUGCUGCUGCUGCUGCUGCUACAGCUUGCUUCUUCUUCUCAAAUCCAAACAGAGGGGCCCCCUUUGGGGGCCCCCUGGGCCUCCAGUACCCUCAAGGAAAUAAUUUUCGUUAUAAAGGGCCUUCGUGGCGAGAAGACAAGCUCUGCGUCUACGAGGGUUUGCUGAACAAGAACAUGUUUGAGGGUUCUUCCAACCGCGUUUCAACUGCUGCGUUUUUCACUUUGUUUGAUUUUUAUCUCGAGCCCCACAAGUACAUUUACGAACAAGAAAAGAGCAGCAGCAGCAGCAGCAGCAGCAGCACUAGCAGCAGCAGCAGCAGCGGCAGCGGUGGCGGCGCCACUAGCAGCAGCAGCAGGAACGGCGACACUAGCACCAGCAGCGCCGGCAGCGGCAGCAGCAGCAGCAGCAGCAGCAGCAGCAGCAGCAAGUGUGGGGAAUUGGACUCUGAUGAAUUUUUCUUGAUGGGCGACGAAGACAGAUGCCGCUUUUGGAUCAGCAGCAGAUGCAGCAGCAGCAGCAGCAUCAGCAGCAGCAGCAGCAGCAAAAGGGACAAUUAUUUAAAUGAUUUAAAUUCAAAUUUCACUUCAAAUGCUUCUUCUGCUUCGGACCUCGGCUAUGCUUUUCCUCUUCCCAUCCCGAGGAGACCCAGGGCUGCUGCUGCUGCUGCAGCAGCAGCAGCAGCAGCAGAAGAGGGAGAUCCAAACAGACCCCCCAGUAAAUACCAGGAGCAAACGCAGCAGCAGCAGCAGCAGCAGCAGCAGCACGAGUCUCCCUAUCCUUCGAUUUCUUCUCUGAUUGCUUCUCACUGCGGCUCAAGGCGGAACCACGAAAACAGCAGCAGCAACAGCAGCAGCAGCAGCAGCAGCGGCAGCAGCAGCAGGUAUUCGACCACAAUAGUAACGGGCCUGUGGGUGCUGCCACCCCCCCCCAUUGCGCCCCACAAAUCUGCUGCUGCUUAUCUGCAGCAGCUGCUGCUGUUUUUGGAUUUGUUUCAGCAAGAAGGUCUUGUGAUUUUUGCUGAUGAAUUCUUUUAUUCCAAAGCUCAAGAAGCAGUUGCUGCUGCUGCUGCUGCUGCUGCGGACGCAGCAGAAGCAGCAGCAGAGGCCUCGCCAACCCCCCCAACAACAGCAGCAGCAGCAGCAGGGGCCCCGCCAACCGCAGCAGCAGCAGCAGCAGCAGCAGCAUAUCAUUCGCGGGUGUGCGUGGUGCCUCUGGCUUUGUCGCUGCUGCCGCACUACGAGCUGUCUGCUGCUGUGCGGGUAGCAGCAGCAGCAGCAGCAGCAGAUCCUCGAGUGAUAAUAGACUGGUGGAACCAUCCUUACUUUAAUGAGUUUUACUUCGUGCUGCAGAGCAGCAAAAUGGGUCUUGUUGCUGCUGCUGCUGCUGCUGCAGCAGACCCCUACUCCUCCUCCUUCUUCCUGUGGGUGGACCCCCCCCGCAGCCGCUCAGUGUUCCCUGCUGCUGCUGCUGCUGCUGCUGCAGCGCCGCCGCUGCAGCAGCCGCUGCCGCCGCUGCAGCAGCAGCAGCAGCAGCAGCAGGUGUUUGACGGCGAGUUCCUGCUGCAGCAGACGAAGCAGCAGGCGCUGCUGCUGCAGCAAACUCCGCCUCGAAUCAAAAAAGGGUUUUGGAGCAGCAGCAGCAGCAGCGGACUUUUUGCUGCUCACCAAAUCUACCAGCCCACUAUUGCUGGCACUGCCUUUGGGGGCAGCAGCAAAGCCCUCCGCAGGGUGUACCCUUUGUGGGACUCGGGGCUGCGGGCCUUGUUGUCUUUGUCUAUUUUAAAUGACGAGCAGCAUUUUUAUUCUUUUAUUUCUUCUUUUUUUCCUUCUUUCUUUCAUGUGGCUCCUUACCACUCCUUCUGCGCCCCACACUUCCUCUGCCUCCCCAGACUCACUGCUGCACUCCGCAGCAGCAGCAGCAGCAGCAGCAGCAGCAGCGGCAGCAGCGGCGGCGGUGGAAGCAGCAGCGGGGGAAGCAGCGGCGGGGGAAGCAGCAGCAGUGGUGGCGGUAGCAGCAGCAGUGGCAGCGGCAGCAGCGAGGCUGCUGCGGAGGCGCAGCAGCAGCAGCAGCAGCAGCUGCAGCAGCAGCAGCAGCAGCAGCAGGGAUGGGGAUCUGUUGCAGCGGUGGGCUUAAUUGGGAGGCUGCUGAAUUGGUUUCCUUAUUAUUCUUAUUUUGAAGUUUAUGAUUUUAUUUCUUCUCAUUUUAAUUUUUUUAAUUAUUUUAAUUUCUUCAGCAGCUACAAAACCACUGCAGCAGAACUCAACAAUUAUCCUUACCCUCUUAGCUGGGAGCGGCAGAUCCCAGAAGCCCUUUACGUCCCCCACAGCAGCAGCAGCAGCAGCGGCAGCAGCAGCAGCAAGGGAGGUGAAGGGGGGGACAGCAUGAGGUAG